AUGGUUUCUAAACUGAGCCAGCUGCAGACGGAGCUCCUGGCGGCCUUGCUCGAGUCGGGCCUGAGCAAAGAGGCGCUGAUCCAGGCGUUGGGUGAGCCGGGGCCCUACCUGCUGGCCGGAGACGGUCCCCCGGACAAGGGGGAGUCCUGCGGUGGCGGCGGUCGAGGGGAGCUGGCUGAGUUGCCCAACGGGCUGGGGGAGACGAGGGGCUCCGAGGACGAGACGGACGACGAGGGGGAAGACUUCACGCCGCCCAUUCUCAGAGAGCUGGAGAACCUCAGCCCCGAGGAGGCAGCCCACCAGAAAGCCGUGGUGGACACCCUGCUGCAGGAGGACCCAUGGCGUGUGGCUAAGAUGGUCAAGUCCUACCUGCAGCAGCACAACAUCCCGCAGCGGGAGGUGGUCGACACCACCGGCCUCAACCAAUCUCACCUGUCCCAGCACCUCAACAAGGGCACCCCCAUGAAGACACAGAAGCGAGCCGCCCUGUACACCUGGUACGUCCGCAAGCAGCGAGAGGUGGCCCAGCAGUUCACCCACGCAGGGCAGGGUGGGCUGAUUGAAGAGCCCACGGGCGAUGAGCUACCAACCAAGAAGGGUCGGAGAAACCGUUUCAAAUGGGGCCCAGCAUCCCAGCAGAUCCUGUUCCAGGCCUAUGAGAGGCAGAAGAACCCCAGCAAGGAGGAGCGGGAGGCGCUGGUGGAGGAGUGUAACAGGGCGGAGUGCAUCCAGAGGGGGGUGUCACCCUCACAGGCGCAGGGGCUGGGCUCCAACCUCGUCACAGAGGUGCGCGUCUACAACUGGUUUGCCAAUCGGCGCAAGGAAGAAGCCUUUCGGCACAAGCUGGCUAUGGACACGUACAGCGGGCCGCCACCAGGGCCAGGCCCAGGCCCUGCGCUGCCUGCCCACGGCUCCCCUGGCCUGCCCCCACCGGCCCUCUCCCCUGGUAAGGUCCACGGAGUGCGCUAUGGACAGCCUGCAACCAGUGAGGGGGCGGAAGUGCCCUCAAGCAGUGGUGGUCCCUUGGUGACAGUGUCUGCACCCCUGCAUCAAGUGUCCCCCACGGGUCUGGAGCCCAGUCACAGUCUGCUGAGCACAGAAGCCAAAUUGGUCUCGGCCACUGGGGGCCCCUUGCCCCCUGUCAGCACCCUGACAGCACUGCACAGCUUGGAGCAGACAUCCCCGGGCCUCAACCAGCAGCCCCAGAACCUCAUCAUGGCCUCGCUUCCCGGGGUCAUGGCCAUAGGGCCUGGUGAGCCUGCCUCCCUGGGCCCCACGUUCACCAACACGGGCGCCUCCACCCUGGUCAUUGGCCUGGCCUCCACGCAGGCACAGAGCGUGCCGGUCAUCAACAGCAUGGGCAGCAGCCUGACUACCCUGCAGCCCGUCCAGUUCUCGCAGCCUCUGCACCCUUCCUACCAGCAGCCGCUCAUGCCCUCCGUGCAGAGCCACGUGGCCCAGAGCCCCUUCAUGGCCACCAUGGCCCAGCUGCAGAGCCCCCAUGCCCUCUACAGCCACAAGCCUGAGGUGGCCCAGUACACCCACACGGGCCUGCUUCCACAGACCAUGCUCAUCACCGACACCACCAACCUGAGCGCCCUGGCCAGCCUCACGCCCACCAAGCAGGUCUUCACCUCAGACGCUGAGGCCUCCAGUGAGCCCGGGCUUCACACACCAGCGUCCCAGGCUGCCACCAUCCACAUCCCCAGCCAGGACCCUGCUGGCAUCCAGCACCUGCAGCCCACCCAUCGGCUCAGCGCCAGCCCCACUGUGUCCUCCAGCAGCCUGGUGUUGUACCAGAGCUCCGACUCCACCAACGGCCAUAGCCACCUGCUGCCAUCCAACCACAGCGUCAUUGAGACCUUCAUCUCCACGCAGAUGGCCUCUUCCUCCCAGUAA